CAUUUAUCAAUUUGAAAAUAUUGUUGAAAUCCGGAGAAUUUGAGGGCCACCGAAUAUUUUGAUUAUCUGAAGUUCAGAGCUAGGCGCUUAGCUUGAUUGAUUUGCCGUGUGAAACAGAAAUGUGCCCCCAUAGAUUAGUCUAUGGUGAAUACCGAACUUUAAUUCUUUAACAAAAUCUAAUCAGAAAAUUCAUCAAAUUAAAUAUUCACUUAUCAUUGUUAUGAAAGAUAACAGAAAUCUUUGAUUGUUACCAUAAAUCAACUCUAGUUCACAAAAAUGGAUUUAAAAAGAAUUUCUUCAAUUUAAAUUAUGUGAAUUUCGUUCUUUCUUCUUAGAUGGAGCUACAAACGAACAUAAUAAAGUACAGCAAGUGAUUUUAUUUAUCACUAAAUAAAGUACCAAAAUAAGGACAACCAUAUUAUAAAUUUUUUUUAUCGUAAUUUGUAAUCAUAAGUUGAUAACUAUUUUCAUGGGAACGAAGACAUAUCUGCUAGAAUCCAAAUUCACGAAAUUCUGUUAAGAUAACAUUUUCGACCACAUUUUCUUUUAUUGAAAAAAUAUUCAAGGAAAAUGCCUAAGAUUACCGAAGGAAUAUCUCUGGCAGAACUCAUGGCAGGGGGUACAGAAUUUGAAGUAAAUCCCACUGCUGAGUCGGAAGAUAUAGGUUCCGAAGAGGAGGAUGAACAAAAAGUGAAAGAAGCAAUGUUAAGGUUUUCUAAUAUGGAUUGCUUAGGGAUAGAUGGUCACUACGAUGAGGAACCUUUUGAUAUUGUUGCAAGACAAAUGAGCAAUUUAACUCCUGAUGGAGGCGUAAAAAAGAAAAUUUUAAAAGCUGGCUAUGGUACAACUCCACCAAAUUUAAGCCUUGUCAAGAUUGAUUAUAAUGCAUAUGUUGAAUAUGAAGCAGAACCCUUCGAUUCCACAUAUAGUCGAAAUAAGAAGCAAGAGUUUGUGCUCAACAGUGGUGACGUUAUUCCGGGUUUAGAUGAGGCUGUGAAAUCGAUGAAAAUAACAGAAAAAUCUCAAUUUCUCUUCAAACCGCAAUAUGCAUAUGGACCUUUAGGUUGUUUAGGUAGAGUUCCUAAAGAUGCAACUGUACUUUUUGAGGUUGAAUUGCAUGAGGUUGUCGAUAGUGGUUCUACAUUAACAUAUGAUAAUUUAACGAAAGAAGAACAACAGACUUUCAAGGAAGUAUAUGCUUAUUGUUUAUCACUAUGUGAAAGAGCAAGAGAUAAAUUCAAGAAAAAAAAUGUUCAAGAAGCUCUCAAAGAUUACAAUGUUGCAGUUUCAAAAUUGGAAUUAGUUCAGAUGAAUGACUACAAUGAACAGGAAAAGCAGCAAGAACUUCUUCAACGUCUAUUUAAUAAUGUUCUAGUCUGCCAAACGAUUUUAGGUAAUCCAAAAAAGGGUUGUAUCGCUGCGAAUAAUAUUUAUAAAAUUUGCCAAGGAACAACUAAGAAAAUUUCAGCAAAAACCAUGUUCUCCCAUGCCAAAUGUCUAAGAAUGUUGGGAGAAUUUUCUGAAGCCAAAAAAAAGUUGAUACAGGCCCGCAAUUGUGAACCAAAUAAUCCAGAAAUUACCAAUGAGUUCAUUAUCUUGAAAGAGGAAGAAGAAAAAUAUAAAAAAGGAGAGAAGAAAUGGAGUGAAAAGUAUAUACAAUCUCUCUCGGAAAGUAAAAAUUAAAUAUUCCUGUUCAAUUUUCCAUCUUAAAACUCUACUGUAAGAAAUUCUUUUUUAUUUUUAAUAAAAUAACAAUAAAUGA